UACCCAGACGUUAGUCCCCCAAACACUGCUAGCUUCUGUCCGCGCCAUGGAGCUUUUCCUGCAGGUACCGGCGCGUACACAUCCGGCACCGGGGUUUCGCUCCGCUGCGUGCAGGCCGGCGCUUGGCUGCCGCAUUUCUGGCGCGUUUCGGGGCCUUGCUGGCGGCGUGCUAGGUGCCGCCGGCGCGGCCGCGGUGCGGACAGGCCGCGGGUUGCGGCAGCGCGGGUUUCAGCGGGCAGGCGCGGCCCUGGCUGACUUGCAACGCAUCGACGAGUUCCAGCAGAAGCUCGCCUACGACGGCUUCGCGACGGCUCUUCUGCCGCCGGAGGUGGUGGAGAAGCUGCGGGGUCUGGCGGUCGAAGCAUUCGCCGAAGAGGCGGCCGGCUUCCAAAGGGCGAAGCCCAGCGCGCAGGGCUUCCCUCCGCGCAUGGAGUGGCACUGGGCGUCGGAGGGAACCGACGGCAAAACCGUCUUUAAGGAGGCGGCCGACGUGCUUUCCCAGUACCUGCCGAACUUUAAUCUGGUCGCUGCCAAGUUCAUUGUCGCUACAGGCGAGUGCCGACCGGAGGACGCGAGGUUCCACCAGGACUUCGAGUCUCCGAAUGUGCCGCUGCUCGCCACGGCCACGGCCUUGCUUCCGAUUUGGCCCCUCGCCUUCCCGGAGAAAGAAGGGAACUUGGAGUACUACACCUGGGAUGACUUGAUGGCUUCCAAGAAGGUGGACGCAACCCAGGUCGAGGAGAUCUUGGCCUUCAGCAGAGUUCACCGCUACGUGCCGGGCGAAGCGGCGGUCUUCGACGGCAAGCUCUUCCACCGCACCCAGCCCUUCUCUGAGUUCGCUUUUGCCUCGGAAAAGGAGUCGGAGCCGCUGUCCAAGAUGCGGGUCUUGGUGUCGUACUACUUUGCCCAGCUACCUCCGGACAAUGUUUGGGAAGGCGACGUGAGGAAGACCCUGGCGAGCCAGGGCGCGCCCAUCCCGUGAGCGACCGCCCGGCGCGCGUUCGGCAUGCGGAGC